AUGCGGAACAUUUAUUACGCCAUUUUGCUCGUAUGGUUUGGCCAGAUCUAUAAUGUUUGUGGACUGUCGGGGACAAAUCCCGUAAUUGAUACUAAAGUUGGCCCAAUUCGUGGUUUACGAGGGACUGAUGGCGAUUAUUCAAUGUUCCUUGGGAUACCUUACGCAGUUGUCAAUAAAACUAAUCCUUUUGGGGUCUCUUUGCGGCAUCCCAAAUUCCGGGAAGUGUUUGACGCUUUCGACGAUUCUGCAAUAUGUCCUCAAGUUGAAGAAUUUAACAAUACCAUAGUUGGAACACUGGACUGCCUUCAUAUAAACAUUUUUGUUCCCAACUCAGCCAGCCCAAAUAAUCCGUUACCUGUACUGGUCUACAUCUACGGUGGUAUAUACAUGAUUGGCUUCGCAGGCAGAUACUUAUAUGGACCUCGUUUCUUAAUGAAACAAAACAUUAUUUUAGUAACGUUUAACUACCGUCUUGGUCCGUAUGGAUUUAUGUGUCUUGAUACACCAGACGUACCGGGCAACCAAGGAAUAAAAGACCAAAAAUUAGCUCUAAAGUGGAUUAAAGAGAACAUAGAAGCGUUUGGCGGAAAUUCGAAUAAAAUUACAUUAUGUGGCAGCAGCUCUGGUGCCAUAACGGUCGACUUCCAUUUAAUGUACAGUCACGAAAAAUUAUUUGACCAAGUUAUCAUGCAAAGUGGUACUGCUUUAUACCCGUGGUCUAUGUUGCAACCAGAUACAAUGGUACCACUGAAAUUAUCUAAGCAUCUCGGCUCCACUGCCACCACCAUUAACGAAGCUCUAGCAUUCCUGGCCACAGUUAGUCCUAAUAUAUUAAUUGCAGCAACUUCAGAACUUGGCCUUCACUUUCGUCCGUGUGUGGAAAAUGACAUUAGAAACAGUGAAAAGUUUAUUUAUGACUAUCCUGUGAACAUAAAAAAGCCGAGUCUUGGGAAUGUUCCUGUCCUCUUAGGAUGCAACAGUCACGAAGCUCUUGCAAGUUUCGAAAUAAUUCCACCAGAAAAUUUUACACAAAUAAGUUUAUUUCUUGAUAAUCUAGAUCAGUACUUCAACUUAGAUUCAGAAGAACUUAUGAAAGUUCAGAAAAUAAUACAACACUUCUACAUUGGAGAUGAAAAAAUAAGUGUAGAAGUAAAAUCGGAAUCAGCAAAUUAAAUUCGGAUUUUUAUUAUAAUUAUCCUAUUGUUCGAACUAUACAAAAAUACCUUGAGAAUGGAUUUGACAAAAUAUAUUACUAUGAAUUUGCACACAGUGGAAGGAGGAACUUUUUGAAAGCCAGAUUUGAUGUAUCAGCAAAAGGAGCAUGUCAUGCAGAUGAACUUGGAUAUCUCUUCGAUAUAUCUUUCAUGGAUAAAAACAUCACAUCUGACGACAAGCUGAUCAUCGACCGUAUGUCUACUUUAUGGGCUAAUUUCGUAAAAUACGGAAACCCAACUCCACAAACAAGUGAACUACUCCCUCUUGAAUGGCCGCUGGUUACAACGAUUUACUGAAUUACUUGCAUAUCGACACAGAACUCAAAGUUAAAAAGAGAAAUUUCAAAGCUCGCAUGGCGUUUUGGGACCUGUUUUAUAAACUCUAUGAAAAGUCUCAAAUUGGAUACAGAGAAAAUACCGAUGAAUUUACAUGUCCAGCGACACUGCGCAAAGUAAUAUUCUAUAAACAAGUGAUAGAUGGCUACUCUUGCGUAUGA